CACACCACUACCGCUCUGGACACCCUCUGGCUGUCUCUGUCGACCUGCUUUUAACCUCUCCAUACUGGAUACUGUCUUUUUGGAUACUUUCUCUCACUUCUUUGACACUUUUGCAUGGAUUACUGACUUUAAAAAAUGCAUUCCCAGCUGUUGUUGGAUGAAUUCAGCCAUGGGUAUCCCAGUGUAAAAUGGAGGAUAGUUUUGAUUGCGACUGCGGUGAGCUGGAGCCACCUGAUCAUUGAGAAGGAAUAGUCUCACUGAGAUCAUCAACCCUUUCGGUUUCCCCACAUCAGGUGCUUUAAACAGGAUUUAUCACCAUUAACUUGGACCAUUAGUAAUGCUGCUGUUCAGGGCCAGUCAUACACUGAAAACUUCUGCACUGUGACGAUGGUUUUAUAGGUAGUGACUUUAAUUAUUUCAGUUACAUUCAGAGAUAUUUGAUUGGCUUCCAAAUUCAUUCCGUUAAGCCCUAAUAAACAUUGAAAUAAAAAGAAAACUCUCCCACAAACUACGUAAAAAGCUGCUAAAAAGUGCUGUGGAUGAUGACAACAUAUCUCGGCAACAUAUCUGAAUCGGUUCCAAGCAUCUCUCAGAAUACGCUGUAACGGUCGUUCGGGGAAAACGCUCAAGUCUUUGUAGGCUUGAGUGUUUUGUCUUGUGUUUUUUGUUUAAGUUGUCUUUCUCAAAUUAGCUGUAGUAGUUGCAACUCAAGAUCGGCUGCAUAUCAGAAAUCAGAAAUCCUCCCCUCUAUAAUAUCUGCUCAGAGCUGCUCUUGUAGGCAGCAAAAUGGCAGAGAAAUUUGAAAGCCUUAUGAACAUUCACGGCUUCGACCUGGGCCCUCGCUACAUGGACCUAAAGCCUCUGGGCUAUGGGGGCAAUGGACUGGUCUUUUCCGCUGUCGACACCGAUUGUGACAAAAGGGUCGCUGUGAAAAAGAUUGUCUUAACCGACCCUCAGAGCGUUAAACACGCCUUGCGCGAAAUCAAGAUCAUCCGCAGGCUCGAUCACGACAACAUUGUGAAGGUGUUUGAAACGCUGGGGCCCAGUGGCCGGAGGCUCACGGAGGAUGUGAGCUCUCUGACGGAGGUCAACUCCGUGUACAUCGUACAGGAGUACAUGGAAACAGACCUCUGUAAAGUACUGGAACAAGGCUUGUUGUCCGAGGAUCAUGCACGGCUGUUCAUGUACCAACUGCUGCGAGGACUGAAAUACAUCCACUCGGCAAACGUGCUUCACCGUGACCUGAAGCCCGCCAACCUCUUCGUCAACACUGAGGACUUGGUACUGAAAAUCGGGGACUUUGGACUUGCCCGUAUAAUGGACCCCCACUAUUCCCAUAAGGGGCAUCUGUCUGAGGGACUGGUCACUAAAUGGUAUCGUUCUCCUCGUCUGCUCCUUUCCCCAAAUAACUACACCAAAGCCAUUGACAUGUGGGCUGCUGGGUGCAUCUUUGCUGAAAUGCUGACUGGAAAAACACUCUUUGCAGGAGCUCAUGAGCUGGAACAGAUGCAGCUGAUUCUGGAAUCCAUUCCGGUAGUCCAUGAGGAAGACAGACUGGAGCUCCAAAGUGUAAUUCCUGUCUUUAUCAAGAACGACAUGUCAGAACCACACUCGCCACUCGCCAAGUUACUGCCUGGUGUCAGCCCUGAGGCCUUGGAUUUCCUGGAGAAGAUCUUGACAUUUAACCCCAUGGACCGGCUCACUGCGGAAGAGGCUCUUGCACACCCAUACAUGAGCGAUUACUCCUUCCCUCUGGAUGAACCAGUGUCCUUGCACCCCUUCCACAUCGAGGAUGAGGUGGAUGACAUCUUGCUCAUGGAUGAGAGUCACAGUCACAUCUACAACUGGGACAGGUACCAUGAAAGUCAGUUCUCUGAUCAAGACUGGCACCUGCACAGCACCCAUGAACUGGAAGAUGUGCAGCGUGAUCCUCGAGCUAUGUCAGAUGUCACGGACGAGGAGGAGGUCCAGAUCGAUCCACGGAAAUACAUGGAUGGGGAGUGUGAGAAGUUCCUAGAAGAUCCAUCGUUCGACCUCCCCCUAGAGCACUCGUGGCAACAGGAAGAUCACCAUGAGAACAAAUACUGCGACCAGGAGUGCAGCUACACUUGCAACUACAAAGCUGUGUCCCCAUCCUACCUGGACAAUCUGAUCUGGAGGGACAGUGAGGUGAACCACUACUAUGAGCCCAAACUCAUCAUUGACCUCUCCAACUGGAAAGAGCAGCAAAACAAAGAGAAGAACGACAAAAAAAGCAAGACCAAGUGUGAGAAGAAUGGACUGGUCAAGGCCCAGAUCGCCCUGCAGAACCACUGCGUGGCCGAGAAGGAUCGCGAACAGGAAAAACACCAGAACCACAGCCAGGGCUUCGACUUUGACUCGUUUAUCGCCAGCACUAUCAAAAUGAGCCUUCAGCCAGAAUCCGGCGAAGUUGACCUCCUGAAUGAGUUGAACACCUCCGUUUCCCAGCUGGACACCCAUACUCCUUGCGGCUCCAUGUCCAAGUCCAUCAGUCAGGAAAAAGAAGAGAAGUGUCUAGUGAACCUGGCGCAGCUCGGUGUCCGAGCACCCUGUCCUUGGGAGAGUUUCACGGACAGCGACGUUACCGAGAGCAGCCUAAUCGAUGAGGCUUGCUGGGACGUCCGCAAAGACGAGCAGCUCCAGAAGGAGAACAACAGCUGCCAGAGCAGUUACUUAGACCGCCUCUUCAACAUGCGUGAGGAGGUAGAGUCUGAGAUCCCCGAACCUGUCGAGGAGUCCACACCGGAGGAUGACUUCUUAUCCUGCGGUGGUGAGAUUGUCAUUAACAUGCAGCUGGAGUCUCUGGCCAUUCCGGGGUUCGAGGGAGCAGGUGACAUUCCUCUGAAGUCCAUCCAGGCCACGUUAACGCCCUCUGCUGUUAAACUCUCCCCACAAAUCGCCCAUAAAACAUACAGCAGCAUUUUUAAGCAUUUAAAUUAAAAAAUCCACCCUGUUCAAGCAGAGUCCAGCUUAUUUUUUUAUAGAGUUAUGUAUUUCUGUACUUGAAUCUUUUUUCUUUUUACAUAUGGUUACUUUUAAGGAAACUCAUUUCAUUUUUUUUUUUAUCUGUGGAUUAAAUGUAAAUUAAUUCAUUUCGUAAAUUCAUCCAAAGUGCUGGACUGUGUUCCUACACAUGAAAUAUGUUUUUGCCCUUUUCAACUCUGAUCUUGUGUAUAUAUAUAUAUAAAAAAAAAAACUAACACCAUGACAUUUGCACAGAGUGUACUGUAGAUUCAGAAACAUAUUAGGGAAAGACAGAGGAACGACUGUUUAGUAGCGAAAUAGAUGGUUUAUUCAUUUGUAAGCAAAGGAGUAGAGAUAAAGAGGGCGGAAUAAUGCAUUAUCCGUGUGGGAGACGCCGCCAUUGACAUCAUAAUGUGACCUUCUGACUGACAGCCAAUAGGACUGACACAAGCAGUGCGUCUUGGCCUUUCUCUAACUGUUGUUUUAAUUAAGGCUAAUGUAUUUAUUUGACUUUUUUCACCUCAUUUCCAUUUAAAAGCGAAGCCUUUUGUCAUUUUGUUCAUACUGUAAACUUCCUCAAACGUGAUGCCAGCCCAGCAAGCAUUAACUGUUGGUUUGCGAUGCGUUAACUGUAGGUUCGUAAAGGCGUUAUCUACCUCAAGGUAACAGCAGAAGGUUCUGUCUCCCAACUGUAGUGCUUUAAAGAAACACUUGCCCGUUCAACGAUGUAGUGCACAGCGAUUUCUAUUUUUCAUUUUGCAUUUGCCAUAGUGAAGUGUUAAGAUCAUUAUUUAUUUUUAGCAGAUGUGAGAUAUUUAUUUUAAGAAACGUUGUAAUUUUUCAGUGUGAGGCAUUGGACUUCCAUUCUGGUCCGUUUUGGCACUCUGUGUUUAGCUGUGGAUGAUCGCUUAUCCGUUUGAGUUGUACAGAAAUUCAUGAUGUUCUCCCAAGUUCAACCAUUUGCUUUCAUAAGGAUUCACUAUAAGGAUUUUCUUUUUUUUUUAUAACUUAUAGGUGCUUUGUAUGAGUGGAAUACUGCUUUAUGCGCCUAAAAGU